ACAGUUGCCUCGAGACCCCUACGCUCCAUAGUGACUGUAGCCGUGGAGACAGUUACUUACCAACGGGCGCAACACUCAGCAACAGCAGCAGCAACUGGAAGUCAACGAUCAAGUGAGAGAGAGGAAAGAGAGCACAGCCAGGGCAGAACUUAACUCAAAGUCCCAGCAUGCAGAGCUCCGAGGGAGGGUCCGAUUCGUCGUCCAGUGUGGCGCUGCGCACCUCCACCUCAGCCCAGGCCCCUGUGGUGCAGCCCGUCCCUGCCUCACAACAGAGGGUUCUGGUCCAGGCGACAGGCUCGGCUCAGAAGGGAGCACAGGUACAGCAGCUUUCAGUACCCAGAGUGCAACAGGUCCCCCAGCAGGUGCAGCAGGUGCAGCAUGUCUACCCCCCGCAGGUUCAGUAUGUCGGGGAGAGUGGAGAGGCUGUCUACACCAACGGAACCAUCCGGACAGCCUACUCCUACAACCCCGAGGCCCAGCUGUACGGGCAGGGCAGCGGCGGGGCCUACUUCGACUCCCAGGCGGGCGGCGCCCAGGUCACCACGGUGGUGUCGUCCGCCAGCGGCGUGCCCCCGCACGGCAUGGUGGGCAUCGCCAUGGACGUGGGCGGCAGCCAGAUCAUCUCCAGCGGGAGCGCCUACCUGAUCCACGGGGGCAUGGAGGGCGGCCGACACCACUCCUCCCACUCCUCGCGCUCCUCCUCCGCCAUGCUUGAAAUGGCGAUUGAAAACCUCCAAAAGUCUGAAGGGAUUGCCACUCACAAAAGCAGCCUGCUCAACAGCCAUUUGCAGUGGCUGCUGGACAACUAUGAGACUGCAGAGGGGGUGAGCCUGCCCCGGAGCUCCCUGUACAACCACUACCUGCGGCACUGCCAGGAGCAGAAGCUGGACCCGGUCAACGCCGCCUCCUUCGGGAAGCUCAUCCGCUCGGUCUUCAUGGGGCUGAGGACACGACGCCUGGGCACCCGAGGCAACUCUAAGUACCACUAUUAUGGGAUCAGGCUGAAGCCAGACUCCCCGCUCAACAGGCUGCAGGAAGACUCCCAGUACAUGGCCAUGAGGCAGCAACCUGUCCACCAGAAACAGAGCCACCCUUUAGUUCUUCCCAGCCCCACCCAACAUAGCUGUGCUGCCCUCUCCCCUCUCCGCAGGUUCAAACCCCUGCAGAAGGUGGACGGCAUGGCGGACGGCCUCUCCGGAGGCUCCCAGCACUCGGCCAGCACCCCGGAGCAGUCCGUGGCGGCCCAGAGCCAGCACCACCAGCAGUACAUCGAUGUGACCCACGUCCUGCCCCCGUUCCCCAGCCCGGACCUGGGCUCUCUUCCUCUGCCCGAGCGCAUCAACAUGAACGACGUGAAGAAGCUGCAGAACCUGUACAGGGACCACUGUGAGGCUACCCUGGAUGUGGUGAUGAACCUCCAGUUCCACUACAUUGAGAAGCUUUGGCAGACCUUCUGGUAUUCAACAGCGCCAUCUAGUGACGGCUCCACCACCAUCCCCAGCAGUGACGAGGACAUGGACGGGGUUAUCCCCAGAGAGAAGCUGGUGGCCCUGUGCAAGUACGAGCCAGUGAGGCUCUGGAUGAGAGGCUGUGACCACAUCCUGUACCAGGCCCUGGUGGAGAUCCUCAUCCCCGACGUGCUGCGUCCUGUCCCCAGCACUCUGACCCAGGCCAUCCGAAACUUCGCUAAGAGCCUGGAGGGCUGGCUGACCACCGCCAUGAACGACUUCCCCCAGGAGAUUGUCCGCACCAAGGCGGCGGUAGUGAGCGCGUUCGCCCAGACCCUGCGCAGGUACACGUCUCUGAACCACCUGGCCCAGGCGGCUCGGGCCGUCCUCCAGAACACCUCCCAGAUCAACCAGAUGCUCAGCGACCUGAACCGCGUCGACUUUGCCAACGUGCAGGAGCAGGCGUCCUGGGUGUGCCAGUGUGACGAGAGCGUGGUGCAGAGGCUGGAGCAGGACUUCAAGGUGACCCUGCAGCAGCAGAGCUCCCUGGACCAGUGGGCCUCCUGGCUGGACAACGUGGUCAACCAGGUCCUCAAGCCCCACGAGGGCAGCCCCAGCUUCCCCAGGGCCGCCCGGCAGUUCCUGCUCAAGUGGUCCUUCUACAGCUCCAUGGUGAUCAGGGACCUGACCCUGCGCAGCGCGGCCAGCUUCGGCUCAUUCCACCUGAUCCGCCUGCUCUACGACGAGUACAUGUUCUACCUGGUGGAGCACCGCGUCGCCCAGGCAACCGGGGAGACGCCCAUUGCCGUCAUGGGAGAGUUCAGUGACCUGACCUCCAUGAUGCCAUCUCUCAUGGAUAAAGACCCCUCCUUCUCCGACGACAUGAGCGACAUGGGCAGCGACGCCGACGUGUCCAGGGGCCCCAACGAGCCGGCCGUGAAGAGGGAGCGGAUCGAGAUCAACCACUCGCUGCAGGAGAUCUGAGAGCAGGCCUUCAGGAGAGGUCAGGAGGUCACCAGGCCGCCUGGCCUGGCUCACGGGGGUUCUGGGCUCCAGGGUUCUCCUGGGUUUAGGGGGUGGUCCUGCCCAGCACAACCUAGCACAGUGUGUGUAUAUAGAGAAGAGCUGCAGCCUAUGCUAGCCCUCCUUAGCUACAGAGUGUAUUUAAAAGAGGGCGUGUUUCUGCUGGAUGAUAAAAGGAGUUUUACCUGACAGGGGUAACCGUUUCAGAUUUUCCUUUCAUGUUCGUUUGCAACUGUGAAUAAGAAUGACUUUGUGCAGUACCCGCGUUGGAUAAGUGCAACUUCUGUACGAUUGGUGUGCGUGUUUCGAAUUUAGUUCCUUUGAUAGCCGUGCCAUAGUGUCAUUUGAGUGCCUUAGAUAAGUGUUCAAGCACCACUACCGAUGUCUGCUGUGCCUCCACCGCAGUGUGAAUGUAUCGUUCCAGAACCUCAGACAUUCGAAGCACCUUUAAAAAAAAAAAAAAUGUUUAAAAAAAAAAACAGAUAAAAGAAAAAGCUGUCAGGUGUACAUGUUGCCUCUGCUGCAGCUUGCAGCGAAAUGCACGUCGAUGCAACCCACUGACCCAAAGGACCCCCCCAUCCGACCCACUCACCCCCCCACAUCCAACCCAAAUUACCCCCUAUCAGUUGUGUCAGUAGGGGCUGUUACUGAAGGUUCUGAGUCUCACUGCCACAGCAGAUAAUUAGUGACCUCAUUAGUUAACUGACUCUGCUCCAGGCAGGCAACCAGACUACAGUACAGCCUCUGUAACCCCCCCCCCCCCCUCCCAUCCCAAUCCCGCCCCCAUUUCAAGUCACUUCCCUCAUGUAAAUAUAGGUAUCAAGCCUUUGCAGCCAAAUGAUAACCGUUUUAGGAUACUGUUCCACCCUUGAUUGAAAGAUUUCCAGAAUGCCGUUGAUUGAUUUUGUCAGUUGAAUUUGGGUGCUUCGUUCCUCACCCAAAAGGUUGACGUCACACCAGAUGAAUCUAUGUAUAGAGACUUACAAUAGAGACAUUUAAUUUAACAAAAAAAAAUAUAGAAAAAAAUAGAAAAAAAGUGGAGAUGUCAGUUGGCUGUGUGCAUACAGGCACCUACUAGUUUAUUCAGGACCUACCACUUCGAUUAACUGGAAGAGUAAGUUGGGCUGUCCUGUGUCGGAGCCUCACGCCCAGCCCACACGGGGCCCAGUGGAACCCCUCAUGGGAUAGAAUACGAGAGAUUCUAUUUAACCAAACGCGAGAGAGCGUUGGACCUUGUGAAAAGCCCAAACCCUUAGCAGACCCCCCCCCCCUCCCGAGGCCUGUUCAGCACAGGCACUGCGUGAGCCAAGACCAUGAGGUCACCUCACCAGCGCACAUCUGGAGCACAGGAACCCCCCCCCCACCCCCCCUCCUUUUAAUAGUAUGCUCUCCACGAUGUAUGAAAAUGCUAAAAGCUGUGGAAGCUUUUGCCCCCCUCGUUGUGAUGACAUGGAUAGGCUCAGCUGGGAGGAGCCUAGUGUGACACCAACUGUUCUUCUUCAUGGGAUUUAACAUUUUUAUGGAUAUGUUGUUGAGAUUGUGUUCUUUUUCUGGCCUUUGGCUCCACCCCCUUUUUCCUCCCUGGUAUGGUACCGUUUAGG